AUGAAGUAUAAGAUAGAAUUAAGCAACGAUAAAAUAUUUCCUAAAAGUUCAUCGAUUUUUCCUCAGGAAAAUGUAAACUAUAUACAUUAUGAUGAUUUAAAAUAUGAUACAUUUUUCGAGAAUUAUUUAAUUCCAAAUGUUCCUUGUAUAAUAAAAAACGCAACAAUAAAUUGGGAAGCUUCUAAGCAUUGGAUAAUAAAUGAUAAUAUAAAUUUUCAAUAUAUAACAGAAAAAUAUGGAAAUACUAUUGUACCCAUUGCAAACUGCUCAGUACAAUAUUACAACGCACAGAAAAAAAUUGAUAUGAAAUUAUCUGAGUAUUUAAAUUACUUUUCUGGUCAUCAAGAAAUAAGUGAAAAUCUGUAUUUAAAAGAUUGGCAUUUUCACAAAGAUAUACAAGAAAAUAUUUAUACAGUUCCUCUUUAUUUUGCAUCAGAUUGGUUAAAUGAAUAUUGCAUAGAUUUAAAUAAAGAAGACUAUAUGUUUAUUUACAUGGGACCAAAGGAUUCCUGGACACCUUUUCAUGCAGACGUAUUUUCAUCUUUUAGUUGGUCAGCUAAUAUAACAGGCCAAAAACGUUGGCUGCUCUUUCCCCCUGAUACUGAAAAAACCCUAGUCGAUAAUUUAGGAAAUUUACCUUUUGAUAUUGAUCAAUGUGAAAAAUUUACAAAAAAUGGUACACAGUUUUAUGAGGUCAUCCAGAACCCAGGUGAAGUUCUAUUUGUACCAUCAAAAUGGCAUCAUCAAGUAUGGAAUUUGAAAGAUACAUUUUCCAUAAAUCAUAAUUGGUUCAAUGGUUGUAAUAUCAAUAUUGUAUUUGAAUCGAUGUUAUCAACUUUACAUGAUAUAAAAAAGGAAAUUUCUGAUUGUAGUGAUAUGGAUUCAUAUGAUGACCAUUGCCAACUUAUGCUGAAGUCAAUAUUUGGAAUGGAUUUACAAGAUUUUUUUAAUAUAUUAUAUCAUAUUUCAAUAAAAAGAAUCAAUAAAAUAACAUUGACCGAAGAUAUAAUUUUAUUUGAAAGUUACUCCUUAGGAUCAAAUCAUUGCAAAUUUGACCUGGAAAGUAUUUUUGACCUCCUGAAAGCCUUCAUUGAAAAUGAGGAUGCAAUGAACAUUGAUUGGUCUUCAAAAACAUGUUCACCUGAACAACUUGUUAUUCAAAUUGAAAAUACUUUAAUGUAA